CAGCCGGGACCCAGGAUGGCGGAGGCUGAUCCACCUUUGGACCAGGAGCUGGAGAGUGAGCCCCGCAGCUGGUCCCUGCUGGAGCAGCUGGGUCUGGCAGGUGCUGACCUGGCAGCUCCCGGGGUGCAACAGCAGCUGGAACUAGAGCGGGAGCGGCUGCGGCGAGAGAUCCGCAAGGAGCUGAAGCUGAAGGAGGGUGCCGAGAACCUGCGGCGGGCCACCACCGACCUGGGUCGCAGCCUCGGGCCUGUGGAGCUGCUGCUGCGAGGCUCCUCACGCAGGCUCGACCUGCUGCACCAGCAGCUGCAGGAGCUGCACGCGCACGUGGUGUUGCCCGACCCUGCGGCUGCCACCCAUGAUGCCCCCCUGUCCCCUGGUGAGGGUGGCCCGGCCUGCUCAGCCACCAACCUGAGCCGCGUGGCUGGUCUGGAGAAGCAGCUGGCCAUCGAGCUGAAGGUGAAGCAGGGGGCAGAAAACAUGAUCCAGACAUACAGCAACGGCAGCACCAAGGACCGGAAGCUGCUAUUGACGGCCCAGCAGAUGCUACAGGACAGUAAGACCAAAAUUGACAUCAUCCGCAUGCAGCUCCGCCGGGCGCUGCAGGCCUGCCAGCUGGAGAGCCAGGCAGCCCCAGAUGAGGCCCAAGGGAGCCCGGACCUGGGGGCGGUGGAGCUGCGCAUUGAGGAGCUGCGGCACCACUUCCGAGUUGAGCACGCGGUGGCCGAGGGCGCCAAGAAUGUGCUGCGCCUGCUCAGCGCCGCCAAGGCCCCGGACCGCAAGGCAGUCAGCGAGGCCCAGGAGAAGCUGACGGAGUCCAACCAGAAGCUGGGGCUUCUUCGAGAGGCGCUGGAGCGGCGACUUGGGGAGCUGCCCACUGACCACCCCAAGGGGCAGCUGCUGCGCGAGGAGCUCGUUGCAGCCUCGUCCGCAGCCUUCAGUGCCCGCCUGGCCGGGCCCUUCCCUGCCAUGCACUACAGCACCUUAUGCAAGCCCUCACCGCUCACAGGGACCCUGGAGGUGCGUGUGGUGGGCUGCAGGGACCUUCCAGAGACCAUCCCCUGGAACCCUUCACCCUCAACGGGAGGGCCUGGGCCCCCGGACAGCCGCACCCCCUUCCUGAGCCGGCCAGCUCGGGGCCUUUACAGCCGAAGUGGAAGCCUUAGUGGCCGGAGCAGCCUCAAAGCAGAAGCCGAGAACACCAGUGAAGUUAGUACUGUGCUCAAGCUGGAUAACACAGUGGUGGGACAGACAUCCUGGAAGCCAUGUGGUCCCAACGCCUGGGACCAGAGCUUCACCCUGGAGCUAGAGAGGGCACGGGAACUGGAAUUGGCUGUGUUCUGGCGGGACCAGCGGGGCCUGUGUGCCCUCAAAUUCCUGAAGUUGGAGGAUUUCUUGGACAACGAGAGGCAUGAGGUCCAGCUGGACAUGGAACCGCAGGGCUGCCUGGUGGCUGAGGUCACCUUCCGCAACCCUGUCAUUGAGAGGAUACCCCGGCUUCGACGGCAGAAGAAAAUCUUCUCCAAGCAGCAAGGGAAGGCGUUCCAGCGCGCGAGGCAGAUGAACAUCGACGUCGCCACCUGGGUGCGGCUGCUUCGAAGGUUCAUUCCCAGUGCCACGGCCACGGGCACCUUCAGCCCGGGGUCUUCUCCCGCACCUGAGACGCGAUCCACAGGCGACAUAUCCGUGGAGAAGCUUAACCUCGGGGCUGAUCUGGACAACUCCCCCCUGAAGAGCCCUCUGGGUUUUCCUUCCAGCCCAUCAAGUCUGAGUUCGCCAGUCCAGGAGACAACCACCACAUCUGAGCUGCCUUCAGAGACUCAGGAGACCACAGGCCCUGCCCUAUGCAGCCCUCUCAGGAAGUCACCCCUGACCCUCGAGGACUUCAAGUUCCUGGCAGUGUUGGGCCGGGGUCACUUUGGGAAGGUGCUGCUUUCUGAGUUCCGGCCCAGUGGGGAGCUGUUCGCCAUCAAGGCUCUGAAGAAAGGGGACAUUGUGGCCCGAGAUGAGGUGGAGAGCCUGAUGUGUGAGAAGCGGAUCUUGGCAGCGGUGACCAGCGCAGGACACCCCUUCCUGGUGAACCUGUUUGGCUGUUUCCAGACACCGGAGCACGUGUGCUUUGUGAUGGAAUACUCGGCUGGUGGGGACCUGAUGCUGCACAUCCACAGUGACGUCUUCUCCGAACCCCGAGCUAUCUUCUAUUCAGCCUGCGUGGUGCUGGGGCUGCAGUUUCUCCACGAACACAAGAUUGUCUACAGGGACCUGAAGUUGGACAAUCUGCUCCUGGACACGGAGGGCUAUGUCAAGAUCGCAGACUUUGGCCUCUGCAAGGAGGGGAUGGGCUAUGGGGACCGGACCAGCACAUUCUGUGGAACCCCGGAGUUCCUGGCCCCCGAGGUGCUGACAGACACGUCGUACACGCGGGCGGUGGACUGGUGGGGGCUGGGCGUGCUGCUCUAUGAGAUGCUGGUUGGUGAGUCCCCUUUUCCAGGGGACGGAGAAGAAGUAUUUGACAGCAUCGUCAGCUACCCCCGAUUCCUGUCAGCUGAAGCCAUCGGCAUCAUGCUCAGGAGGAAUCCGGAGCGGAGGCUGGGAUCCAGCGAUGCCCCAGCCCCCCACACUGACCUCCCCCCACUCUCCCUGCAGACCCUGGGCUGGGACGCCCUGCUGGCCCGGCGCCUGCCGCCGCCCUUCGUGCCCACGCUGUCAGGCCGCACAGAUGUCAGCAACUUUGAUGAGGAGUUCACCGGGGAGGCCCCCACGCUGAGCCCGGCCCGGGACUCGAGGCCCCUCACGGCCGCGGAGCAGGCGGCCUUCCGGGACUUCGACUUCGUGGCCGGGGGCUGUUAGCCUGCUCCCCUGCCCUUGCUCCCACCCAGCUGUUGUUAGUUUUUAAAAAUGCCUUUGGGGUUUGCCCCCUCCAUGCA